AUCCGGAGAGUAAAGUUCAAAGUCGCAACCGCGCGGGACCGAAAUGCUUUGCUGUGUACGUACUCUUAGUGGCUUGUGGGUCAAUUUUAAUAAAGUUGAGACGGUAUGUAAUACUGCGAGGAAAGAUGAUGCUAGAGGGGAAAAUGAGACCGGAGAAGGAUGUCGCGAUGGUCCGCAACAUGACAGGCAGGACUCUCGCCGCUCGAGCCGCCCGACCGGGUUCACGACCCGGAGUGUACUUGUUGCGUAUGUAGGUUUAUGGUGAAACAAUGCUUGACAUGGCCGUAGUCAUACCCGAGGGGUUCUCCAACUACGUUCUCAUCCUCGCCGAUGGGUUGGUUGGCUCUGCGGGUUUGCUCUCGUUCAGAGACUCGGAACACCCCAGCCUCACCUCCGUCCUCGCCGGCGGGGAGUCGGAGCAGGGAACGCAAGAAUGGGACGCACCAUGGUCACUUUUGGUUGGGUCGAGUGGGGAUGUGCACCUCCGUGAUAGCACUACUAUCGGCUUUCUCGCGCGCUAUCGAGGCAGGAGACGACGGGGGUGUCAGAAAUUGAUGCAGGUCGCUGCCGAGGGCAGGACAAUGCAUUGCAACUAUCGUAUCCCGGAUAUUGUUGCAUGCCGGCCGAAGCACCUCAAAGGAGGUCAGCGGUUGGAGAAACGCACCGUGUUCUCCUCAGAUAGCAGAUAG